UAAUGCCGAGGCAUCUCACCUGUCCGGCCGGAAAGCAUAAAAGAGCCUGGAGUCAUGGCCCGGCUGCUAGAGAUGUCAAGGCUGUCCUUGGAAGGAAAUACUCUGGGAAUACUAUUCAUGCCGUAAAAAAACAACUUUGUAAGCACAGGAAAGUAGAAGCUGGGCCUGAGGACAUCCUUUGGGGAUAAGAAAAGGAGCCGGAACAUGUUUUCAGGUUGCUGAGAUUCCUCAAUUUUUGGACAGGCUCUGGUCCGGCUGCCACCACCUUUUGCCACCACUGAGCAGGGCAAAUAGAUUCCCUCUCGGGAGAUCCCUUGUGGGUUUCAUGGAGACAGCAACACUCCUCUCUUCUCAGCUGAGGAGCAGCACCGGCCGGGGUUCCAUCAUGUCCUGCUUCACUCAGAUAUGGCGCACGGAAGUGCCGGAAUCCCCUCCUCCCAGCCCCACCAGCCCCGUCCCGGCGGCACCCCAUGAGAUCCCCAUCCCGCUCAGCCCCAUCGUCAUCACCUCGCCCUCUGCUUCGUCCCACUCCUCCGAAAGCAGACCCUCGGUCUGUUCCCCGGUCUCUUCUUCCGUCUCGUCCUCAGUGUGUUCCCCGGUCUCGUCGUCAACCUCUCCCUCCAUCCGCUCCCCCAUCUGGUCUCUGGUCCGCUCCCCCGUGGACGGGAAGACCCGGCUGGGCUCCCCCACGGACAGACCCACCUCCCCCAUCGAGUGCUCCAUCUGCUUCAACACCUACGACAACCUCUUCAAGACCCCCAAAGUCCUCCGCUGCAACCACACCUUCUGCUUGGAGUGCUUGGCCCGCCUGGCCGCGGCCCGUCCCCGCAGCUGCCUCGAGGACGAACUCCCGUGUCCCUUUUGCCGCCAGAUCACCGAGAUCCCCCUCGAAGGGCCGCCGGGACUCCAGACCAGCAAGGACCUCAUGGCCACCCUGCCGCCCGAGCACCAGCGGGAGAAGAUGAUCUGGAUGGAAGGCACCAAGAUCUGCUGCCGGCAGUCUUCGGAUCCCGAGAACGCCGACGCCUGCAUCAGCAUCGACAUCGCGCCCAGCAAACCCGAGGUGCCCCAGUUGCCCCCGGAAACCUUCAUGGGCCGGUUGACGCGUUGUGACAUGUGUGACGACUGGAAGCGUGUGCUCCUGCUCUCGGUGCUGAUCAUCAUCCUCUUCUGCAUCAUCCUAUGGCCGCUGCACUGCGCCAUGAAGACGGGCAACCUCCGCUGCUUCGCCAGGACAUACACCAGGCCCAGUUACGUGACGUAUCAUCACCCCACCACCCCGGCCCCAACAGUGGGUUCUGUGGGUCCUGCAGAGUGACCCGAUGCUGUAUGAUGACUAGAAGCACGUUCUCCUGCUCUUGGUGCUGAUCAUCAUCCUCUUUUGCAUCAUCUUGUGGACGCUGAACUGGGCCUUGAAGACAGACAACUUCUGCUGCUUCUGGCAAUUACGUGACUUAUCAUCAGCCCACCACCCCUCACCCCACAGUGGGUUCUGUGGGUCCUGCAGAGUGACCUGAUGCUGCCGGCACUGUGACAUGUAUGAUGACUAGAAGCACGUUCUCCUGCUCUUGGUGCUGAUCAUCAUCUUCUUUUGCAUCAUCUUGUGGACGCUGAACAGUGCCAUGAAGACAGACAACCUCCGCUGCUUCUGGCAAUUAUGUGACAUAUCAUCACCCCACCACCCCAGACCCCACAGUGGGUUCUGUGGGGCCUGCAGAGUGACCUGAUGCUGCCGGCACUGUGAUAUGUAUGAUGACUAGAAACAUGUUCUCCUGCUCUUGGUACUGAUCAUCCUCUUUUGCAUCAUCUUGUGGACGCUGAACUGGGCCUUGAAGACAGACAACUUCUGCUGCUUCUGGCAAUUAUGUGACGUAUCAUCAGCCCACCACCCCGGACCCUACAGUGGGCUCUGUGGGGCUUGCAAAGUGACCUGAUGCUUCCUGCACUGUGGGGUGAUUUCUCAGGGAAAUAAAGCAUCUGCCUUUCUGCACAGCUUCAUCCCCUGGCAUAUCCGGCUCGAUAACAAUAUUUCUUUAGAAGGAUCAAGAUGCACAUCACAGAAGAAACCUUCUUUCCAAGAUGCUGUCUUGGGUCUCUCUCUAACUUCGACUUGCUACAAAGCAGAGUGAACAGUUCCGGCAUAACCCACGGUUUUGUCACUGACUCUUCUACGUUGCCACUUGUCCAUUCUUGCUGCUCUUUUAAUAUAUUAAAAAUAUUGCCUGUUAGGUAUUAAUGUCACGGUGGCGAAGUGUGUUAAAGCACUGAGCUGCUGAACUUGCAGACCGAAAGGUCCCAGGUUCAAGUCCGAGGAGCGGAGUGAGCACCUGCUGUUAAGCUCCAGCUCCUGCCAACCUAGCAGUUUGAAAACAUGCCAAUGUGAGUAGAUCAAUAGGUACCGCUCCGGUGGGAAGCUAACUGCGCUCCAUGCAGUCAUGCCAAUGGCCACAUGACCUUGGAGGUGUCUACGGACAACGCCGGCUCUUCGGCUUAGAAAUUGAGAUGAGCACCAACCCCCAGAGUCGGUCACGACUGGACUUAACGUCAGGGGAAACCUUUACCUUCUACGUUGCCACUUAUCCAUUCUUGCUGCUCUUUUAAUAUAUUAAAUACAUUGCCUGUUAGGUAUGAGGGCUAUCCAGAAAGUAGGUUACGUUUUGGAUUUUAAAAAGGACAAAGUAUAGGAGAAAUAAUUUACCAUAUGCAGCUGAAAGACACCUCCAAAAACUACAAUCUCAUGUAAUCCCCAUUGAAAUUUAGCCAUGUUUCAUAUAGAUAAAUGAGUUUGAAAAGUACUGCUCCAGUAGAUUCCCCGCUUGUGUCCUCAGCUCUUCCCCCUUCUCCCUUCCUGCAGCAUAGACAAAACGCUGCGCUGCCAGCCACGCCCCCAUUAUUGGAAACGGAGGAGAGAGGCGGCAAAUUUACUGGGGCAGACCUUUUCAAACUCAUUUAUCUAUAUGAAAUGUGGCUAAAUUUCAAUGAGGAUUACAUGAGAUUGUAGUUUUGGGAUGUGUCUUUCAGCUGCAUAUGGUAAAUGAUUUAUCCUAUACUUUGUCCUUUUUAAAAUCCAAAACGUAACCUACUUUCUGGAUAGCCCUCGUAUUAAUGUCACUGUAUACUAGGCAUGUGGAGGAGCCUCCGGUGGCGCAGUGUGUUAAAGCACUGAGCUGCUGAACUUGCAGAUCAAAAGGUCCCAGGUUCAAAUCCCAGGAGCGGAGUGAGCACCCGCUGUUGCUCCAGCUUCUGCCAACCUAGCAGUUCGAAAACAUGCCAAUGUGAGUAGAUCAAAAGGUACCGCUCCGGCAGGAAGGUAAUGACGCUCCAUGCAGUCAUGCCGGCCACAUGACCUUGGAGGUGUCUAUGGACAACGCCGGCUCUUCGGCUUAAAAAUUGAGAUGAGCACCAACCCCCUGAAUUGGACACGACUGGACUUAAUGUCAGGGGAAACCUUUACCUUAUACUAGGCAUGUAAAGAUGAAUCGAGAUGACUGGCAACGUCUUAAAUACCAAUGCGUAUUCUCUCUCUGUAGAAUGACUCCACAACCAGGGCCAGCUGUGCAAUGAGUCCUGUUGCAUAAGCUGUGCAAGACAUUGUUAUGCAUUCUUGCAACUCACUAGAAAGGUUAGUGAGAUGUAAGUACUGUACACCCCUUUACAUUAUGGUAAAGUCGAGGCAGCAUCUAAACCACGGCUCUUAUAAAUACCAGAACCGCCCUGACCUCCAGUAUAUGCCCUGUGGUUUAAUCUAUUCUCUUUUUUACUGCAUAUGGCCACAUAAAAUACUCAGGGGCAGACCUUUCGCAAGGUUGAGACAACACUGUGAUUGCCUCUUUCUCUUCUGGACGUCUACCAAAGACCAGUGUUAUCUGUUACGGUGGAAGGAUAAUUAAAAAGAAGAGAAAAAAAAAGACUGAUUUUCAUCACCGGCUCAGAUGAAGCUUAUUUGUGCCUUAUACUUUUAGGAAAGAGGAUGUAUUUAAUUUUUUAUGUCUUAAUAAACAUUUCAGUUUUA